CAAAUUUAUACCUAUACUGCACAGUGUACGUACCUACCCCGGCAUAUUCAUCCGGCAAAUUGUGUGCGAAAUCAGUUGCUGUUGAAUUUACAGAUAUUUGUUGAAAAUGCCGAUCAAGUCAAUCAAAGCUCGUCAAAUCUUUGACUCCCGUGGCAACCCCACUGUGGAGGUCGACCUGGUAACUGAGCUGGGCCUCUUCCGCGCGGCUGUGCCUUCUGGAGCCUCCACCGGUGUCCAUGAAGCCCUUGAACUGAGAGACAAUGUCAAAGGAGAAUACCAUGGCAAGGGUGUCCUCACUGCAAUCAAAAACAUCAACCAAACCAUUGCCCCGGAACUCCUCAAGCAAACCUUUGAAGUGACCCAACAGAAGGAGAUUGACCAGUUCAUGUUGGGAUUAGAUGGCACUGAAAACAAGUCGAAGUUGGGUGCCAAUGCCAUCCUUGGUGUGUCCUUGGCUGUUGCUAAAGCCGGUGCUGCCAAGAAGGGUGUUCCCCUUUACAAGCACUUGGCUGACUUGGCUGGAAAUGCUGACAUUGUCCUGCCUGUGCCAGCCUUCAAUGUGAUCAAUGGUGGUUCUCACGCUGGCAACAAGCUGGCCAUGCAGGAGUUCAUGAUCCUGCCCACAGGUGCUGCAUCAUUCAGCGAGGCUAUGCGCAUGGGCACUGAGGUCUACCAUCACUUGAAGAAGAUCAUCAAGGAGAAGUUUGGCCUUGACUCCACAGCUGUUGGUGAUGAAGGUGGCUUUGCUCCUAACAUCCAGAACAACAAAGAUGCCCUGUUCCUAAUUCAGGAUGCUAUCCAGCAGGCUGGAUACACUGGCAAGAUUGAAAUUGGAAUGGAUGUUGCUGCGUCAGAGUUCUUCAAGAACGGCACUUAUGAUCUGGACUUCAAGAACCCCAAGUCCAACCCUGCAGACUACCUGUCUUCUGAGAAGUUGGCUGAAGUCUACCUGGAAUUCAUCAAGGACUUCCCCAUGGUGUCCAUUGAGGAUCCCUUCGACCAGGACGACUGGGCGGCGUGGGCCAGCCUCACCUCCCGCACCCCCAUCCAGAUUGUCGGUGACGAUCUUACAGUAACAAACCCCAAGCGUAUCGCCACAGCUGUAGAAAAGAAAGCUUGCAACUGCUUGUUGUUGAAAGUGAACCAAAUCGGCAGUGUCACUGAAUCUAUUGACGCCCACUUACUGGCUAAGAAGAAUGGAUGGGGCACCAUGGUUUCACACAGGUCGGGAGAGACUGAAGACACCUUUAUCGCCGAUCUGGUGGUAGGUCUGUCUACCGGUCAGAUCAAGACCGGUGCUCCGUGCCGUUCCGAACGUCUCGCGAAGUACAACCAGAUCCUCCGCAUUGAGGAGGAGCUCGGAGCUGCCGCCAAGUACGCCGGCAAGAACUUCCGCAGGCCUGUUUAAAUAAAAAAAGCUGCAAAGGGCAUAUUCCAAUAUCAUAGGUGUUGUAGUUGUUACACGGAAGGACUGAAACAUGCCCUAGGAAUGUUGUACAGCAUUUUUGACAUCAGUAGUAACAUACAAAUAUGUAUUUAUGUUGGAUAAUUUUCUGCACAAUUUGUCAAAAGUUACUUUAUGUAUAAGAGAUUAUAUCUGAAGGCUGUAGUGUAUACAAGUUCUAGUGUCGAGUGUAUGAUGCUAUUUAUUUAAAUUGUAAGAUUUAAUUUAAUAUUUUUAAUUAAUUGAAAUCAACACAAUGUUCAAUAAAGGAUGAUAUUAAUGUAA